CUGGGGGUGGGGGGGGAGGUCAAGCGUAGCCUCUUCUCCUUUACCAAGAUGGCGGCUUGUCCCUGUUUCGCCACAGUUCCUACCUUAUGAGCUUGGUUUUCUUACGCUUGUAAGAGUAGAACAGCAAAAGCUGGCAGGCUGACAGAGGCGGCCUCAGGACGGACUUCCUGGCUACUGACCGUUUAGCUGUGUUUAUCCGGAUUGUGUCGGUGUGAGAUCAACAAUGAGCUCCGUUGCAGUUUUGACCCAAGAGAGCUUUGCCGAACAUCGAAGUGGGCUUGUUCCGCAGCAAAUCAAAGUUGCAACCUUAAAUUCAGAAGAGGAGAGCGACCCUCCGACCUACAAGGAUGCCUUCCCUCCCCUCCCCGAGAAGGUGGCCUGCCUGGAAAACGCCCAGGAGCCUGCUGGGGCCUGGGGCAGCAAGAUCCGGCCCAUCAAGGCCUCCGUCAUCACGCAGGUGUUCCACGUGCCCCUGGAGGAGAGAAAAUACAAGGACAUGAACCAGUUUGGAGAAGGGGAACAGGCAAAAAUCUGCCUGGAGAUCAUGCAGAGGACCGGUGCACACCUGGAGCUGUCGCUCGCCAAGGACCAGGGCCUGUCCAUCAUGGUCUCGGGGAAGCUGGAGGCUGUCAUGAAGGCCCGCAAGGACAUCGUCGCCCGAUUGCAGACCCAGGCCUCAGCAACUGUUGCCAUUCCCAAAGAACAUCAUCGCUUUGUUAUUGGCAAAAAUGGAGAGAAACUGCAAGACUUGGAGCUAAAAACUGCAACUAAAAUACAGAUCCCGCGCCCAGAGGACCCAAGCCAUCAGAUCAGGAUCACCGGCACGAAGGAGGGCAUCGAGAAGGCACGCCACGAGGUCCUGCUCAUUUCCGCCGAGCAGGACAAGCGUGCUGUCGAGAGGCUGGAGGUGGAGAAGGCGUUCCACCCCUUCAUCGCUGGGCCCUACAACCGCCUCGUCGGCGAGAUCAUGCAGGAGACGGGCACGCGCAUCAACAUCCCCCCGCCCAGCGUCAGCCGGACAGAGAUCGUCUUCACUGGCGAGAAGGAGCAGCUGGCUCAGGCGGUGGCACGCAUCAAGAAGAUCUAUGAGGAAAAGAAAAAGAAGACCACAACCAUCGCGGUGGAGGUGAAGAAGUCACAGCAUAAGUAUGUCAUCGGGCCCAAGGGCAAUUCCUUGCAGGAGAUCCUGGAGAGAACUGGCGUUUCCGUUGAAAUCCCACCAUCAGACAGCGUCUCAGAGACCGUGAUACUGCGAGGCGAGCCUGAAAAACUAGGGCAGGCGCUGACUGAAGUCUAUGCCAAGGCCAACAGUUUCACAGUUUCCUCUGUCUCUGCCCCUUCCUGGCUUCACCGUUUUAUCAUUGGCAAGAAGGGGCAGAACCUGGCCAAAAUCACUCAGCAGAUGCCAAAGGUUCACAUCGAGUUCACAGAGGGUGAGGACAAGAUCACUCUGGAAGGCCCCACGGAGGACGUAAAUGUGGCCCAGGAGCAGAUUGAGGCUAUGGUCAAAGAUUUGGUUAGCCGGAUGGACUACGUAGAGAUCAGCAUCGACCACAAGUUCCACAGGCACCUCAUUGGGAAGAGCGGAGCCAACAUAAACAGAAUUAAAGAUCAGUACAAGGUGUCCGUGCGCAUCCCUCCCGACAGCGAGAAGAGCAACCUGAUCCGCAUCGAGGGCGACCCACAGGGCGUGCAGCAGGCCAAGCGUGAGCUGCUGGAGCUCGCCUCCCGCAUGGAAAAUGAGCGCACCAAGGAUCUAAUCAUUGAACAGAGGUUUCAUCGCACAAUCAUUGGGCAAAAGGGUGAACGGAUCCGUGAAAUUCGUGACAAGUUCCCAGAGGUCAUCAUCAAUUUUCCAGAUCCAACACAGAAGAGUGAUAUCGUCCAACUCAGAGGGCCCAAGAAUGAGGUGGAAAAAUGCACAAAAUACAUGCAGAAGAUGGUGGCUGACUUGGUGGAAAACAGCUAUUCAAUUUCCGUCCCAAUCUUCAAACAGUUUCAUAAGAACAUCAUUGGAAAAGGCGGCGCAAACAUUAAAAAGAUCCGUGAAGAGAGCAACACCAAGAUCGACCUUCCAGCAGAGAACAGCAACUCGGAGACCAUCGUCAUUACGGGCAAGCGGGCCAACUGUGAGGCCGCCCGCAGCCGGAUUCUCUCCAUCCAGAAGGACCUGGCCAACAUCGCCGAGGUGGAGGUCUCCAUCCCCGCAAAGCUGCACAACUCCCUCAUUGGCACCAAGGGCCGUCUGAUCCGCUCAAUCAUGGAGGAGUGCGGUGGGGUCCACAUUCACUUCCCUGUGGAAGGAUCUGGAAGCGACACCGUUGUCAUCAGGGGGCCUUCCUCGGACGUGGAGAAGGCCAAGAAGCAGCUCCUGCACCUGGCGGAGGAGAAGCAAACCAACAGCUUCACGGUUGACGUCCGCGCCAAGCCGGAGUACCACAAGUUCCUCAUCGGCAAGGGCGGGGGCAGAAUCCGCAAGGUACGGGACAGCACCGGUGCCCGCGUCAUCUUUCCGACGGCCGAGGACAGGGACCAGGACCUGAUCACCAUCAUCGGGAAGGAGGACGCGGUCAGGGAGGCGCAGAGGGAGCUCGAGGCACUGGUCCAGAACCUGGACAACGUGGUUGAAGACUCCAUGCUGGUGGACCCCAGACACCACCGCCACUUUGUCAUCCGGCGAGGCCAGGUCUUGCGGGAGAUUGCAGAGGAGUACGGCGGUGUGAUGGUUAGCUUCCCGCGCUCCGGCACCCAGAGCGACAGGGUCACCCUCAAGGGUGCCAAGGACUGUGUGGAAGCCGCCAAGAAGCGCAUCCAGGAGAUCAUCACGGACCUGGAAGCUCAGGUGACGAUCGAAUGUGCUAUACCCCAGAAAUUCCAUCGCUCCGUCAUGGGCCCCAAAGGGUCCAGGAUCCAGCAGAUUACUCGGGAUUACAGCGUUCAGAUCAAGUUCCCAGACAGAGAGGAGAACCCAGUUCAUGGCGUCGAGCUGGCUGUCCAGGAGAACGGGGACGAGCCUGGGGAGGGGCGCGACGCCAAGGAGGCCGACCCCAGCUCCCCUCGGAGGUGCGACAUCAUUGUCAUCUCUGGCCGGAAGGAGAAGUGUGAGGCCGCCAAGGAGGCCCUUGAGGCACUGGUUCCUGUCACCAUUGAAGUGGAGGUGCCCUUUGACCUGCACCGCUACAUCAUUGGGCAGAAAGGGAGUGGGAUUCGCAAGAUGAUGGACGAGUUUGAGGUGAACAUCCAGGUGCCCGCCCCUGAGCUGCAGUCCGACGUCAUUGCCAUCACCGGCCUGGCUGCCAACCUGGGCCGGGCCCGGGCCGGGCUCCUGGAUCGGGUGAAGGAGCUGCAGGCAGAGCAGGAGGACCGGGCCUUAAGGAGUUUCAAGCUGAGCGUCUCUGUAGACCCCAGAUACCACCCCAAGAUCAUUGGUCGGAAGGGGGCCGUGAUCACCCAAAUCCGCCUGGAGCACGACGUGAACAUCCAGUUUCCUGACAAGGAUGAUGGGAACCAGCCCCAGGACCAGAUCACCAUCACAGGCUACGAGAAGAACACCGAGGCUGCCCGGGAUGCCAUCCUGAAGAUCGUGGGCGAGCUGGAGCAGAUGGUGUCCGAGGACGUCCCGCUGGACCACCGAGUCCACGCCCGCAUCAUCGGCGCCCGGGGCAAAGCCGUCCGCAAGGUCAUGGACGAGUUCAAGGUGGACAUCCGCUUCCCGCAGAGCGGAGCCCCAGACCCCAACUGCGUGACCGUGACCGGGCUCCCGGAGAACGUGGAGGAAGCCAUCGACCACAUCCUUAACCUGGAGGAGGAAUAUCUGGCAGAUGUGGUGGACAACGAGGCACUGCAGGCCUACAUGAAGCCCCCGGCCCACGAGGAGUCCAAGGCACCGUCUCGGGGCUUCGUGGUGAGGGACGCUCCCUGGACGGCCAGCGGCAGCGAGAAGGCUCCUGACAUGAGCAGCUCUGAAGAGUUCCCCAGCUUCGGGGCACAAGUGGCCCCCAAGACUCUCCCCUGGGGCCCCAAACGAUAAUGAUCAAAAAGCAGCAAACGCUCCAGCCUGCUGACGAUCCCACACCACGGUUUGUUCCAUCUGAGCGGCGGCUGGAGCCUGGUCCCCUGACGCCCGUCCCCGUCCCGAGGUCCCGUGGUGAAGCCGCCGCGCCCGGCUCUGCGCCAGCUCUCGGCCUGGUCGGGUGCUGGGGCCCUCCCCGGCUGCCCCCCACUCCGGGACAGGCUCUUGCUGUUUUAAACACUAAGCAAAGGUAACGGAACAUUUCAUAAUAAAACAGCUCAGACUUUCUGAGCUUCCGGGUCCACCCGCAUGCAUCUGACCUUCCUUACGAGAGUCCGCAGCCAUGGCGAGGCGUCCACUUCCUGUGUCGUGACCUCAGGAAAUAAAUUCCCUUGACUUUAUAAAAGCCAAAA